AUGUCUAACCCACGCGUGUUAGAGUCUCCCGCCGUGAUUUUUGACAAUGGGUCUGGGCUCUGCAAAGCAGGCCUGUCCGGAGAGAUCGGACCCCGCCAUGUCAUCAGCUCCAUCGUGGGACACCCGAAAUUCAAGAUGCCUUUGGCAGGACCCAAUCAGAAGACGUACUUUGUGGGGGAAGAGGCCCUGCACAAGUACGAGGGCUUACACCUGCACCACCCCAUUGAGCGAGGCCUGGUCACGGGGUGGGACGACAUGGAGAAGCUCUGGAAGCACCUCUUCGAGUGGGAGCUGGGCGUGAAAGCCAGCGAACGGCCGGUGCUCAUGACCGAGCCCUCCCUGAACCCCAGGGAGGCCCGAGAGAGGACGGCUGAGGUGAUGUUUGAGAAGUUCCAUGUACCUGCCUUCUACCUAUCGGACCAGGCUGUGCUGGCCCUUUACGCCUCGGCCUGCGUCACGGGCCUGGUAGUGGACAGCGGGGAUGGGGUCACUUGCACUGUCCCCAUCUUCGAGGGGUACUCCCUGCCCCAUGCGGUCACCAAGCUCUAUGUGGCGGGGAGGGACAUCACAGAGCACCUCAUGCGGCUGCUGCUGGCUAGCGGGCGGACCUUCCCGUGUGUCCUGGACAAAACCCUGGUGAACGACAUUAAGGAGAAGUUGUGCUAUGUGGCCCUGGAGCCCGAGAAGGAGCUGUCCCAGAGGCCCGAGGAGGUCCUGAGAGAGUACAGGCUGCCAGACGGGAACAUCAUCCACAUUGGGGACCAGCUGUACCAGGCGCCCGAGGCCCUGUUCAUGCCCGACCAGCUGGGCAUCCAGAACCCAGGCCUCUCCAAAAUGGUUUCCCGCAGCAUCACCAAGUGUGACGCCGACAUCCAGAAGACUCUUUACGGGGAGAUUGUGCUGUCCGGGGGCACCACUCUGUUCCAGGGGCUCGACGACCGGCUGCUGAAGGACCUGGAGCAGCUGGCUUCCAAAGGGACCCCCAUCAAGAUCACGGCUCCCCCCGACAGAUGGUUCUCCACGUGGAUCGGCGCCUCCGUCGUCACAUCCCUGAGCAGCUUCAAGCAGAUGUGGGUCACCUCUGCAGACUUCAAGGAGUUUGGCACGUCCGUGGUCCAGAGAAGAUGCUUCUGA